AAUACUUUUAAGCUUUGAUCUUAGAUCUAAUAAGAGCAAGUAACGCUUAAUCCUAACACAAUCAAAAUGUUUAUCUAGAAGUCAUCAUUGUCCUUCAGUGGAUCUCUGUUUCACCAGGAUCCCACCUUUGUUCCCCAAGAAAGAAAAAGGCAUAUCAAAUACACUGUCCUCUGGGAAAUGAAAAACAUGUUUCUCUCAGCCCAUUCUCUUGCCCAGAACUAAGAAAGAGUGCCUUCAUUAUCUGGUUGUCACUUUGCAUCAGAGUACCUGGUAACUGUAGUCACCAUUUCAGUAAAAAGCCUUACAAAGAUUGUAACUGUUCAAUAAUAAUUUUUAAAAAUCAGAGUUUAAUUUGGAGACCUAAUUACACGUUUUAUGCUCAUUCAUUCUGGAUGAAUAUAAUAAAAUAAUCUUCAUUUAUCCCUCAAAUCCAUUGUCUUCUGAAAACAGAAAGUAUUACAUAUAAAGCCAUCCAGGGAAAAUGAAACCGAAUCUUCUGAGAAUGAAGGAAAUUGCCUUGAUUUAUCUUGACAGGAGUGGUGGCCUUCAGAAAUUUGUAGAUGAUUGCAAGUUAUAUAACAGUGAUUCAAAACAAAGUUAUGCUGUAUUUCGGUUUCUUAUAUCAAUAAAUCCAUCUGAUAUUACUGAAUUGGAUGCUAUGUUUGGAAACUAUGUUCUACAUGAACCUGUGAAGGCCACGCAAAUAUUUCAAUCUGUAUGUUUUACAGCUGUUAAAACACUGUCACUAAUAGAACAGCUACAGACUGAAGCUCAGCUGAACAUAGUUCUGAAAAUAACACAUUUACCUUCCUUGCCUGGUUAUGUUCUCAAUCUCUGCAAAUUUCCAUUUGAUUACACUUCUCAGAGAUUUUAUAUGACAGAGGGAAUAGUGGUUGAAAUGACUGUUGUUACAAAAUAUACACAAGGAGCAAGAUUUGUUUGUUCUGAAGAAACUUGUCCAUUUUCUGAAGGAUUUCAUUAUGUCAGAGUUCAUACACCUGGUGCUACAGAAUCUGCAACACUGAGACAUGAUUUUGUAUGCAGUUUAUGUACUUCACCGCUGCGAGAAGAUAUGAAGUAUCGAGUACUUGGUGAUAAACAGGUAGUUGAAAUGAUUGAUACCAAAGCAAUUAAGGCAUUUCAAGGGUUUUCAACCAGUAGCAUGCAUUUCAGAUUUCAGUCAUUGACUGUGUUUCUAAGAGAAGAACUAUCCAAUACAAUGAAAUUAGGGAACAGGUACAAAGUUAUAGGAAUUCCCAUCUCGAUGCAAAACUCCACACAAGUCACACUUUGCCUGGAAGCCAACAGCAUACAUUGUUCUAGUAUAACAGGACCUUCCUGUAUCAGUGAAAAAUUUAAGUAUCUGCUUUUCUUAACUUCAAGCUCAUGUUGGAGAUUUACAGCUGUUCUGGCCUAUAAUUUUGCUUCACAAGUUCUUCCACCAGGCAUUUACAAUACUCUCAAACUGGCCAUAUUGUUGAGUCUAGUACACUCAAAUGAUAGAGACAACUCAACAGCAGUUUACCUGGAUCUUUUGGCAAUGACAAGUGAUUCCUUAAUAUUAGAGAGGCUUAUGAAUUACAGUGUUUGUCUUGUGCCCCGUGGAAUAAGGCACAUUUUGUCUAGUGACAUUUUUCCUACUGUGUCCAAAGAUAAACAUGGAACUGGAACUGCUAGCAUUCAAGCUGGUAGUGCUAUACUGGCUAAAGGUGGAAUAUGCUUCAUUGGAGAACUAUCAUCUCAUAAAAAGGAUAAACUUGAACAGUUCCAGACAGUGCUAGAGAACAGGGCAGCUACUAUAUUCAUUCCUGGAAAGAAAUAUGGACAAGAUACGGAUCAACAAGUUAUUCUUCCAGUUCAAACUAGUUUUUGGUCAUUUGUUGACAUGGAUUCUUCUCCUUCCAAAAGGAAUGUUCAGAAAGAAAACACUCUAAUUGGCCAGAUGGACUUAAACUUGAUUUCAGCUAACCUUAUAGAGGCUUUUGGGCUUGUGAUACACUGCAAUGAAUCAACAUUUUGCAAUUCAAUUCUUUCUACUGUAAAUUUCCUUUUAAAAAAGGCUAUCAGUCCAGAAGAGGCAGAUUAUACUGUGUCCCAACAGUUUACAACACAAGAUUAUGAGGAGUUUCUUGCUUUCGCCAGUCAUUUGCAAGUGGAACUUGGUUCAGAAGCAGAAAAACUAAUUCAUGGCUACUAUCUAGCCAGUCGAAGAGUUAGAACACAUCCUAUCAAUGGAUCACAUCUCUCAGCAACCUCACUGAAGACCUUGAUUUCCCUGGCCGAAGCCCAUGCUAAAUUGAGCUUAAGGACAAAAGUACUUAAAGAAGAUGUUUUGAUUGCUGUGUUGUUAUUUGAAUCAUCUCUUACUUUAAAACAUGGUGCUUCUGUAUUUUGUGUUGCCCCAGCUGCUGUUUUUCCAUUUGACCUAAAUGAUGAGAACUCCUUGAAUCAAAGGGAUGUUUACUUGAAGCAGUGCCAUCAACAGCUUAUACAAUUCAUUGCUACCUAUGGGCCUGCAGCACAUAUUCUCAGUAAUGAAGAUUAAUUCUUGUUUUUAAAGUUAGCUCUAUUCUUGUCAGUUUUUUAAAAAAUAAAAUAUAAUUGUGUAAAUAAGAUCAACUUCUAUAGUUAUUUAAAACAGUGGACUUGUUACACAUAUCCAGUUACUGAAUGCAGUUGUCAGCACUUUAUAAUUCAUCUCACGUCACAUUAUGCCACUGUACAUAUCAAGGAAGAAAUGGAAAUAUAUAAUUUGCUAUGCUACAGAUGAUGUUUUCCUUGUAUGUCUCAAUAAUGGUGAAAUAUGAAUUCAAUUAUUGAAUUAUAAAUUUAACAAUUUAUUAUUUCAAUAAAACACUUAUUUUAACAGUAAUCAUACUAGUAACAGCAAUAGAAGGAAGAAUGGGAGGAGAGCCAGUUUGUUGUAGUGGCUAAAAUGACAGACUAAGACUAAGAAAACCCAAUUUUAAAUCUCUGCUUGGCCACAAAAACUUACUGGGGAGGUGGCAAUAGCAAAACCAUUCCUUAAAUAUAUAUACUGAAAAUCCUGUUAGGGUCAUCAUAAGUCAGAUGUCACUUGAUGGCAUUCAAGAACAGUGAUAGUAAUAAUACUUGUCUUAAACACAAUGUGACUCUUUUAUUUUUCUGUUGUUCAGGACAUUACAAAAGGAGCAUUCAAAAAUCAUAUAUUUAUUUUGUUCCAGAAAUGUCAUUCAACAGAUGAUGUGAAAAGGUAAACCUCACACCCUUUUUCUAUUACUAAAACUUCAUACAAAUUCCUUCACACAUAAAUUAACUAACACUAAAGAGAAAAUGAAAUGACAGAAUAGGAAAACAUGGUGAAACAAGUACAUCCAAGUAUGUAAGGAUGCAGCUCCUGUAAGUCACUUCAUUUCAUCUAA